AUGUCUUCUACACAUGUUAGCCUCGGCGCAGCUGCGGAUGAGCGCAAGGCGCGCCUGGCAAAGCUCAAAUCUCUGAAGCGCAAACAACCUGGCGACGAAAUCGUAGCUCCUGAAUCGACACGCUCUCCCUCUCCACCCACCGAACCCGAUGUUGCAACGCUUCAUCUUUCAGGAAGAAACUAUGAUCCGGAAACCAAGGGGCCGAGGCUUGGUUUCGAGGCGCCCCCUACCUUAGCUGUCGAGAAGACUCUGGAACAGCAAGCGAAGGAGGUCGAAGACGAGAUUAGGAAGAAGGCCGAGGAAGAGGAGCAGGAUGACAAGGGCGUAGAUCUAUUCAAGCUACAGCCGAAGAAGCCAAAUUGGGACCUGAAGCGGGAUUUGGACAAGAAAUUGGAGAUUCUGAAUGUCAGGACGGAGAAUGCGAUUGCGAGGAUGGUACGGGAAAGGAUCGAGGGGUCUCAGAAGGCAAAAUUGGGCAAUGGGGCUGUCACUGCAAGUGAAGGGGGAGAAGAAAUGGGGAUGGAGGGUAUUGCUCUAGUGGAAGGUGUCAAACUGAGGGAACGGGAAGAGGAAGAAGAGGAGAGGCGAGAGAAGGAAGACGACGAGAUGCUGUAA